AUGGCCUCUUCUUCGUGGGAUUUUCCUGAAGACUUUGUUGAUAAUGGUAUAUACUUCGAGUUUAAUAAAGAGAAGGGAACUCUUGUUGAAGUUGAAAGUUUUCUUCCGCAAUCUCCUGUUUAUUUCUCAGAUAUUGGGGAGAAGAUUCCAACUAAGGUAAUUAUUGAUACUCAGCAACUUGUUGGGACUAUAAAGUGUCUUGAUGCUGUAAGAUCCAAGUUGGAAAAGGUUAACUGUAACCUGGAUCUCAUGAAGAAUCAGCCCCUCAAAAAGGAUGAUUCCUCAAAGAUUGAUGAGAAGUUGAGACUACCUCUAGGUCCUAAUAGACUCCCUCUCAUUGGAAACCUGCACCAGUUUGGAGAUCUGACAUCUCAAUCACUUCAGAAGCUUUCUAAUAAAUAUGGACCUUUAAUGUUUAUCCAAUUAGGCUCAGUGCCUGAUUUGGUGAUCUCAUCAACAGAUGUAGCUAAAGAGGUCUUCAAAAGUCAUGAUAUUGUUUUUUCUGGCAGACCUGCUUUAUAUGCUGCAAAGAAGAUCAAUUAUGGAUGCACUGAUAUGACUUUUUCUCCUUAUGGUGAGUACUGGAGAGAAAUUAGAAAAAUAUCUAUACUAGAACUGUCGAGUCCAAAGAGAGUUGCAUCGUUUCGAUCUGUAAGGGAGGAGGAAGUGUCCAUCUUCAUAGAUUUGAUCCGCAAAUCUUCUGCGUCUAUGGUUCCCAUAAAUCUAACCGAGAUGUCAUUUUCUAUCAUAAAUGAUGUUAUUUGCCGAACUGCUUUUGGUAAAAAAUUCGGGCAGGGAGGAGGUAAGCUUCGCAGGAUUCUUCAAGUAACCCAGGACCUGGUUGCUGGAGCAGUCACUGCAGAUAUCUUCCCAUGGAUGGGUUGGAUCCACAAGUUCGAUGGAGUAGACGCAAAAAUAGAGGAUAAUUUUCAGCAGUUAGACAGUUUUUAUGAGAGCAUAAUAGAUGAACACCUUGAGCCCCAGAGACCCAUCCCUGAAUUCGAAGAUUUUGUCGAUGUUCUGCUUCAGCUUCAGAAGGACCCUAAUCAAAGUAUCUCCUUUGGUAGAGAUCAAAUUAAAGGACUUCUCACGGACAUGUUCAUUGCUGGAACUGAUACAUCUUCUGCCACACUUGUCUGGACAAUGGCCGAACUAGUUAGGAAUCCAUCAGUGAUGGAAAGAGUACAGGAGGAAGUGAGAAGAAUCCUUGGAAAGAAGGAGUUCGUAGAAGAAAGUGAUCUUCCCAAACUGAACUACUUGAAGUUAGUGGUGAAGGAGACGUUGCGGCUUCAUCCUCCGGCGCCCUUACUAGUCCCUAGGGAAACUACAGAUGACUGCAUAAUAAAUGGGUACGACAUCCCAGCGAAAACGAGGGUGUUCUAUAAUGCUAAAGCCAUUGCAACAGACCCAAAAUUUUGGGAAGACCCAGAGGAUUUCAGACCAGAAAGAUUCAUAACUAAUUGUGUAGAUUUUAAAGGGCAAGACUUUGAGAUGGUACCAUUUGGGAUUGGACGGAGGGGUUGUCCUGGUAUUAACUCAGCUUUGGUCAUAAUUGAACUCGUUCUUGCAAAUCUUGUGUACUGUUUCGAGUGGGAAUUGGCCGUUGGAGUAAAAAAAGAAGAAAUGGAUAUGCAAGAAACGCCCGGGAUCGUAGUACACAAGAAGUUCCCACUCUUAUUGGUCGCUGCCGCUGCAACUGUAUACCCAAGUGCUUAAGAAGUUGGAAUGCUGGGAAGCAGCUCACCGAUCGA